AUGGACACCUUGGAGAACAGUGAACUCUGCUUCCCACAUCUCUUCAACGCCUCCUGCAGGAGACCAACGCGUUCUCACUCGGAGGCCAUCUUGAUUUACGUCCUGCUGUCUUCCCUUUCUCUGCUCACUGUGUUUCUCAACCUGCUGGUCAUCAUCUCUAUCUCCCACUUCAGGCAGCUCCAAACUCCCACCAACAUCCUCCUCCUCUCUCUGGCUGUCUCAGAUUUCCUCGUUGGCCUCCUCCUGUGCUUUCAGAUUAUGCUCAUAGACGGCUGCUGGCUCCUUGGAGACGGUGUGUGUGUUAUGUAUCAGUUAUUUGCCUAUAUCAUCACUUCCUCUUCAGUAGGAACCAUGGUGCUCAUAUCUGUUGACCGCUAUGUGGCUGUUUGUGACCCUCUGUUUUACUCCACUAAAGUCACACAUAGAAGGAUUAAAGUCUGUGUUGUUUUGAGUUGGUUUUGCUCUUCAUCCUUCCAAGGUCUAAACCUAAGUGAUAAUCUGCAACAUCCAGGCAGGUAUAACACUUGUUUAGGAGAUUGUGUCUUUGCCAUCAACUACAUUGCUGGACUUGCAGAUCUAAUGUUGACAUUCAUUGUUCCCGUUACUGUUAUUAUUGUGUUGUAUACAAGAGUCUUUCUGGUGGCUGUGUCUCACGCUCGUGCCAUGCGGUCCCAGAUUGCAGCCGUCACACUAGUAACUGUUAAAAAGUCAGAGAUUAAAGCGGCCAGGACUCUAGGAGUCGUCAUAGUUGUGUUUCUAAUAUGUGUCUCCCCAUAUUUCUGUGUCACUCUUGUUGACGAACAAACUGUGCUAAACGCUUCAUCUUCAGCCUUUUUAAUAUGUCUGUUCUUCUUAAACUCCUGUUUAAACCCUAUGAUCUAUGCCUUUUUCUACCCCUGGUUCAGAAAAUCUGUUAAACUCAUUGUUACGCUGAAGCUACUGCGGAGAGACUCCUGUGAGGCCAACAUGCUGUAGAAAGGAGCCUGACACUGACUAUGAACGGAACAGUAAUGUGUAUUAGAUAUGAUAUUUUUACUUGAGGUACUCAUCCUUUCAAACAUUAGCUUAAUAGCAUCAUAGUUUUCUUUGAUUUGGUUAAUCUGGGCUUACAUUUGAAUGUGCAAAAUGGUUGGUUUGGGCCAUGUGCAGAGACAAGGGGUGAGGAGGAAGAGGAACUUGCUGAGUGUUUCAGCAAUACAUUCAAAAUGUCAUGCUUUAGUUACACAGUUUGGUCAUUUAAAUUAAUUUGAACCAAUACAACACUUCCUCCAAGGGUGGAGAUUCAGCAGUCUCUGCUCAGGAACCAGCUGACUGAGGAAGAAAUUCUUUCACACAGCUGUUGAACUCAUGACAAUCACACAAACACAGAUGAGCACACGCGCACACACACACACACGCACA